CACUCAAGCAACACUUUGAACCAUCUGGACCAGACAAUGGUAAUACAUUUGAUUAACGUGCAAGUACGAACCAGAUUAAGUUGGUCAAAAUAUGAACCUUUAUACUUGAAUCUAAAACUGCAAAUCUUGAUCGUGCUGGCACCAGUUGCUUCCAGAUUUUUCCAACCAGAUUUCGCACAGAAUUACAGUGAACAUGCAAAUCAAAAUUGACUUUGGGAAAUGAAUAGGUACCGCUACCUUUUAUUUAUCUUCGUAAACUAUAGAUAGGUACCCAAAAAAAACAACUUGAAAAUCGUUAAACUGGGAAACUUGAAGUGGAGAUAUCAUAUAUCAGCCGAACCCUACGUCAUGUCAGACAUCGUAUCGCGUUGCAUCUCGCAACAUUGCGGGCUUCGGGUUGUCUACAAAAAAUCAAACAUGUCGAAGAUCAAGAACGGUUCCGCUUUUAAAUAAUAAUUAGUUUAAUUGCUAAAAAUAAGUGCGUGCCGCAUGUUACUAAGAGUGGAAGUGUCCUAGAGUUGCCGGUAAACUUUAGGAAGUAAUGGCCGAUCCGACAAUUCAAACGUUUUGUUGCUACAAUACGAACGGCAAUAACUCCCCUUGGAAAACUGAAAAUACCCUACUGGUAGCUACCGAAUUUAAUUCGGCAACUUACAAUGCAAUAUGCUUGUUUUCGUCAACUUUAGGUAUACUAGGCGCUAUUUAUCAAAUUUUACCGAGAAGGGAAUUUUCGCGUCACCAUCGGUGGAUUUCCUUCUCUGCGGAAAGGGGUAGGAAAAUCAUUCUCUGGCUUGCGGUCACGGACCUGUUAGCCUCUCUAGGAGUACUAAUUCGAGCGUGUCUAUGGCUGAACUUCAAAGAUAUAAUGCCGGCGAUAGAUGGUUCCCACAGCGUUAUUUUCUGCGCCCUGUCUUCUGCCUGGAUCCAAUAUUUCUACACAUCCACUUGGGUAUGGACCUUGUGUUAUGCAAUUGAUAUGAGACUGAUCCUUAAUGAAAAAGCGGAGCGCAUAAAAUUGUACCACACAGCAGCUUGGAUUAUACCAGCGGUUCUUACGGCCAUCGGGUUAUCACUAUUGUAUUAUCCAGACGCAAAUUGUCGUGCCAGUUUAUCGAAAAAGGAAGCGAUGCUACGAAUUCUUCCAAACUAUAUUGUAACAUACAUUCCGAUUGCCAUAAUAAUGAUUGCAAGUCCUUGUCUUUACCUAUUUUCGUGCAAAGAUAUGGAGAAGAUUAUCAUGUGCAGUUCGGGACAAUUUACGAGAAGCGAAAGGGAAGUAAUAGGUGCAAUCAGAAUCAAGUUUGCGGUCAUUAAUAUUGUAUUCUACGUUUGUUGGUUUCCAAAUUUGCUAAACGCGUUUUUAUUAUGGACUUUAUGGUUUCAGCUUCCUGUAACUCUAGUCAUUGUCACAUGGUACAUCAUGGCAUUUACCAACCCCUUGCAAGCCUUCUUCAACUGUUUGGUAUACAGGCGAUGGAACACAGGCUCUGAAGAGGUGGUUUUGCCUUGGGGUAGAUCGAAGUCCUCUGGAAUUUAUAACACUACCAGAACUACAGAUUCGCAAGAAGAUCUUCCUCUUUUACACAAUUUUCAGCGAAAUAAUUCGCAUUUAUACGUUAGAUCUUAGUUAUUUAUGUACACUUACACCGCUUGUGUUCACAAAAUAAUUUAUUUCAUUUCGAUGCGCACCAGCAAUAUAAAACGGAUGCAAUUUGUAUUCCAUUUAAAUUUAUCUGAGAUACAGUAUAAGAAGGAUAUAGGUACUGUGUUCAAUGAACCUCUGCUCCCUGUAACUUACACAUUUAAUAGUUACCUAAUAGUCUCAUGAAGAUUAUACAAUUUUUUCUUUGUUAUUUUUGUUAGUGUAGAAAUUGUAGUUUCCAGGUUAGACACAUAAUUGUUGCUGGUAUGAUUCUCGACAGAUUAUUUAAAUAUUUGAAAGGCACGAAAUUAUAGGGGUACGCACUUG